AUGGCCAUCGCUCCCGUGCUGGGCGGCGUGGCUUGGGAAGGCGUAGAGACGGCCGCAAAGACCUGGCUUCAGUUCUUCGUACUGGACAUAAAAAUGGUUGGAAUCUGGUUAUUCCUUCUCAUCUCUCUCCAAGGAUAUAAGGCUUCAUUCACCCCUAGUGUCAACUGUCUGAUCAUGAACCUGGAUUAUGUCAUCUGUAGAUGGAGUGAAUGGGGGAGCCCAGAGGUGAACUCCACCUUCUUCCACAACAAUUUCAACACAAGUAAUGAGCAUAUGGAGGAGUGCUCUGCAUAUCUCCAGGAGAAAGGUUAUGCUGUGGGAUGUAGACUGGAGUAUGAAAUGGCUGACAGGUUUAGAACACUACUAACCAAGCUGGUUCAUCAGAACAAGACAUAUGAGCAGAAACAUGACCUCAAAGACAAGGUGAAGCUUUACCCUCCUGCCAACCUUUCAUUGGUGAUGAGCGAAGCCCAAGAGCUGAAUCUGUACUGGAACAAUAGCAAGAUAAACCACUGCUUUGAGAGUGAAGUGCGCUAUAGAAUAAACAACGACAACUGGCAGAGUACUUCUCCAAGGCGGGAACAGACUCAUACUGUGCCUUUCCCCUCAAAUAGUCAGUAUGAGUUUCAAGUCAGGACAAGGAUACACAAUGGCUGUUGUGAGUCCAAGUUCUGGAGUGAAUGGAGUCAGAUCAUCCUCUGGGAUUCCAUGAAGGGAAAUAACACCACAGAAAAACAUGACAGCUCAAUGCCUUUCUGGAAGCCAUUGCUGUCAUUUGUGGGUACCUUGGUACUGUUAAUUUUGGCCUGCAUGCUCGUCUGUGGGGAAAGAGAACGGCUGAGAUUUUUCCUCAUUCCCAUUGUGCCUAAUCCAGGCAAGAAUCUGAAGGACCUUCUUGACAGUGACAAUGAAGAGGGAUUGCCACACAUCUCCAAGCACAUUAGCUUCCAACCCAACUUUACAGAGUUGACCUGUUCUGUUAGUGAGUAUACACGGGUUCCCCUAACUGGCAGCAUCAGUGAGUCUGAGAGCAACCUCUCCAACCCAACCAACCAGUCAGACUGCCUAUCCUCAUGCUCCUCCUCAGCUUCCACUCUUCCUGACACAAGUGAAAAUUAAAAGGCUGGUAUUGAGUGA